AUGCCCGAGCCCGCCAAGUCCACCCCAGCGCCCAAGAAGGGCUCCAAGAAAGCCGUCACCAAGGUGCAGAAGAAGGACGGCAAGAAGCGGAGGAAGAGCAGGAAGGAGAGCUAUGCCAUCUACGUCUACAAGGUGCUGAAGCAGGUGCACCCCGACACCGGCAUCUCCUCCAAGGCCAUGGGCAUCAUGAACUCCUUCGUCAACGACAUCUUCGAGCGCAUCGCAGGGGAAGCCUCCCGCCUGGCUCACUACAACAAGCGCUCCACCAUCACCUCCCGGGAGAUCCAGACCGCCGUGCGCCUGCUGCUGCCCGGAGAGCUGGCCAAGCACGCCGUCUCCGAGGGCACCAAGGCCGUCACCAAGUACACCAGCGCCAAGUGAGCGCCCCCCGCUCUCCGGACCCAAAGGCUCUUCUCAGA